CGUCCCUUUCCACCCCGGCACGAGUUUGAUAUAGCCUAUUCCCUUUCUGGGCUAGCGCCGGAAUUUGUUUUCGCGGCGUUAGUGCCACUUAUCUCCGAGACCAUUUCAAAGUUUCGAGCAGAACCUCUUUCCAGCCUCAACCAUAGAACGCUCAAAUCUAUGAAUUGAGGCCAACCUAAGACGGCAGGAUGGUAUCGUUCAUUUCAAUGAACAUACCUACCUACAGAUUAAUCUACACAAUAAUUACGAGUCACCGCGUUGCAUCCAGGUCGCGAAUUAGAGAAAGCUUCUGCCUAAACGCGGGCAGAUGGCGUGAUGAUUAAUCCUACCCUCUCCCUUGUUUUAGAAGCCCCUCAUCGCUGUCUACAAGAGGAAGGGCGUGAGCUGUGCACAAGUGUCAGCUUGUCAGCAUGCCAGCAUAUAAAAACUCAAGUGAGGUCCUCGUGUAAGAAAGAAUAAAUAUCAAUACCAAGAUACAAGGUAUCUAAAACCGAGAACCAAACGCUCAAUAUCUAUAAUAUUCUCAUCCAUAACCCAAGAUGCCCUCAGCAGUAAUUCCAAAGGCCUUAGAGCCCGGCGCAACAAUAGCAUUUAUCUCUCCAUCAGCUCGUCUGAAUAUCCGAUGUUCCGCCUUCAUGACACGGGCGACCUCCGUGCUAAAGGGGCAAGGCUAUAACGUCCGCGAAUUCUUCAAUACCGAUACGGGCAUCCAAUCAUCCAUCGCCAACCGUCUCUCCGAGAUACGGGCCGCAUUCUCCGACCCGUCUAUUUCCGCCAUCAUAUGCACCAUCGGCGGAUCAAACUUCACAGAGUUGCUCCCCGCUCUAGUUGCCGACACGGAACUCCAUUCCGUCAUCCGGGCCAACCCGAAGAUCGUCGUGGGCUUCUCCGAUAUCACCGGGGUACACUGGUUUUUACAUGCGCUCACCGGUCUCCGCACAUUCUACGGUCCGGGAGCAUUGCCGGAGCUCGGCGAAGCUAACUCUGUCGACGACGAGACCACACCACUUUCAUUUUGCGUCAAGAAUCUCUUCCGCAUUAUCACUAGCCGCGAAGCUAUCGGCGAUAUUCAGCGGUCUCCUACAUACGCACCCAAGCUUGCGGCGUUAUUCGACAAUUCGGAUACCCCAAAGCCACCAGAGAUUAUUCCUACCCCUGGCUGGAUAUGGAUUCGACCCGGAAAGAGUCAAGGACGACUUUUUGGUGGCUGUCUAACCGCCGUGGCGCGUCUCGCCGGAAUACGCAGCAUCGUCCCUGAUUGGCGAGGCAAGAUAGUGUUCUUCGAGACGGCUAUAGGCGAGGAUGAAGCCUCCGGUAACCCAAUCUACCGGGUACAAGCGGGCAUUGCGGACCUUAUAGCGCAGGGCGUGUUUGACGACGCGGCUGGGUUGGUAGUUGGACGGCCAUUCGGGUAUGAUUCCGAGAAGAUGAGGGACGAAUAUAUCGGUGUUAUUAAAGGACUUCUAUGUGAAGGACCUCUGGCUGAGAAGAAGUUCCCGAUUCUAUUCAAUGUGGAUAUUGGUCAUACUACUCCGAUGGUCACUUUGCCGUUCGAUACCUUAGCUGAGCUUGACUCGGAGAAGGAUCGGUUUGCUAUUCUAGAACCCGCAGUUUUGUAGAUGAUAUUUAAUAUCUAAGAAUGGCUUGGUUUCUGAGAACUCGGUCAGUCCAUGGAGUUCUUCGAAUUCCAGCUAGCUUAUGCGUCCCAUUCUAUCGAGACCUAUUAACUCUUCUACGUAAAUAAUUA